UGUGCAGAAACUAAUCCACGAGAGUGCAUGCAAGCUCGCUCUCGGCGCUCGCCCUUUCCUAGUUCCCGCCAAUUUCCAAUCACCAAAACCAUAUGCCUAAAUUUCUAUAUCUAUCAUCGGAACUAUAGAUACAAUUGUCCACUAACACACAAAACAAGGCACCCAAUCUUCCCAUAAACCCUAGACCACCCCCGUCUUCUACACAUUUGCUGCCACAAAAAAGAAAAGAAAUGGACGAAAAUUUUCAGGACCUUAACAAGGUUCCUGAGCUCAAACUCGAUGCUAAGCAAGCACAAGGGUUUCUCUCCUUCUUCAAAACCCUACCCCGUGACCCUAGGGCUAUUCGGUUCUUCGAUCGCCGGGACUAUUAUACCGCUCAUGGAGAGAAUGCAACUUUUAUCUCAAAGACGUAUUAUCAUACUACUUCUGCUUUACGUCAACUGGGUAAUGGGUCUGAUGCUAUUUCAAGUGUUAGUGUCAGUAGAAGCAUGUUUGAGACCAUUACCCGCGAUCUUCUCUUGGAGAGAACAGACCAUACUCUUGAACUAUAUGAAGGGAGUGGGUCAAAUUGGAGACUAGUGAAAAGUGGAAGCCCGGGAAACCUAGGCAGUUUUGAAGAAAUUUUGUUUGCCAACAAUGAGAUGCAGGAUUCUCCUGUGAUUGUUGCCCUUACCCCAAAUUUCCGCGAAAAUGAGUGCACUGUUGGGAUUGGCUAUAUUGAUCUUACUAAGAGAGUGCUUGGAUUGGGGGAAUUUCUGGAUGAUUGCCACUUUACAAAUGUGGAGUCAGCAUUAAUUUCUCUUGGUUGCAAGGAAUGUCUUUUACCUAUGGACAAUGCGAAAUCCAGUGAAUAUAAACCUUUACAUGAUGCAUUGUCAAGAUGUGGCGUGAUGCUAACAGAGAGAAAGAAAACUGAGUUCAAAGGAAGGGAUUUGGUUCAGGAUCUUGGUAGACUUGUCAAAGGGUCUAUUGAACCAGUUCGAGAUUUAGUAUCUGGGUUUGAAUAUGCCAAUGGGGCAUUGGGUUCAUUGCUAUCCUAUGCAGAACUACUCGCAGAUGAGAGCAAUUAUGGAAGUUAUAGUAUCAGAGAGUACAGCCUUAACAGCUGCAUGAGGUUGGAUUCUGCUGCUAUGAGGGCUCUGAAUGUCAUGGAGAGCAAAACUGACGCUAACAAAAAUUUCAGUUUGUUUGGACUCAUGAAUAGAACCUGUACUGCUGGGAUGGGUAAGAGAUUACUGCACAUGUGGCUGAAACAGCCUUUACUAGACGUGAAUGAAAUCAACUCCAGGUUGGAUUUGGUACAAACUUUUGUGGAGGAUACUGCUCUUCGCCAGGAUUUGAGGCAGCACUUAAAAAGAAUUUCUGAUAUUGAGCGACUGGUGCGGUAUCUUGAAAAGCGGAGAGCUAACUUGCAGCAAAUUGUAAAGCUUUAUCAGUCUGGCAUUAGACUUCCAUACAUUAAAAGUGCCUUGGAAAGGAAUGAAGGGCAAUUUUCAUCACUCAUUAAGCAGAGGUAUCUGGAGCCUUUGGAGGAGUUGACUGAUGACAGUCACUUGAAUAGGUUCAUUAGCCUUGUGGAAGCUGCUGUAGACCUUGAUCAACUUGAGAAUGGGGAAUACAUGAUUUCACCCAGUUACGACCCCAAAUUAUGUCAACUGAAGGACGAGCAAGUAUCAUUGGAACAGCAAAUACAUAGAUUGCAUCAGCAAACAGCUAAUGACCUUGAUUUGGCUGCGGAUAAGGCUCUCAAGUUGGAUAAGGGCACCCAAUUUGGCCAUGUCUUUAGAAUAACAAAGAAGGAAGAACCGAAAAUCAGGAAGAAGCUUAAUAUCCACUUCAUUGUUCUUGAGACUCGCAAGGAUGGGGUGAAGUUUACAAAUACGAAGCUUAAGAAGUUAGGGGAUCAGUACCAGAAGAUACUUGAGGAGUAUAAGAACUGUCAAAAAGUGUUGGUUGCCAGAGUGGUUCAAACUGCUGCAACUUUCUGUGAGGUCUUUGAGUCUCUAGCGGUUUUGCUCUCUGAACUGGAUGUCUUACUUAGUUUUGCUGACCUGGCUGCUAGUUGCCCAACUCCCUACACAAGGCCGUACAUUACGCUGUCGGAUGUGGGUGAUAUUGUAUUAGAAGGGAGUAGACAUCCUUGUGUGGAGGCACAAGAUUGGGUGAAUUUUAUACCAAACGAUUGUAGACUGGUUAGGGGGAAAAGUUGGUUCCAGAUUAUCACGGGGCCUAACAUGGGUGGAAAAUCCACGUUCAUUAGGCAGGUUGGUGUGAACAUCUUGAUGGCACAAGUUGGAUCUUUUGUUCCUUGUGACAAAGCUAGCAUUUCUGUCCGUGACUGUAUCUUUGCUCGAGUUGGUGCCGGGGACUGCCAGCUUCGUGGAGUUUCUACCUUUAUGCAAGAAAUGCUUGAGACUGCGUCAAUUCUGAAAGGAGCUACUGACAAGUCACUGAUAAUCAUCGAUGAAUUGGGUCGUGGAACAUCAACAUAUGAUGGAUUUGGUUUGGCUUGGGCCAUCUGUGAGCACCUUGUUCAAAUCAUUAAAGCACCUACUUUGUUUGCAACCCAUUUUCAUGAACUUACUGCAUUGGCUCAUGAACCUUCGUCAGAGAAACUUGUUGGUGUGGUAAAUUAUCAUGUCAGUGCACACAUUGACUCAUCAAGUCGCAAGUUGACCAUGCUUUACAAGGUUGAGCCAGGGGCUUGCGAUCAAAGUUUUGGCAUUCACGUUGCUGAAUUUGCAAACUUCCCAGAAACUGUUAUCGCCCUUGCCAGAGAAAAGGCUGCAGAGUUGGAAGAUUUCUCACCAAUAGAUGUCAUUUCAAAUGAUGCCAUAGAAGAGGUAGGAUGUAAACGGAAGAGAGAGUAUGAUCCUGAGGACACGUCCAGAGGUGCCGCUAGGGCCCACCAGUUUCUGAAAGAUUUCUCUGCAUUGCCGCUAGAAAAAAUGGACUUCAAAGAAGCUUUUGAGAAAGUGAGUGAAUUGAAGAAUGAGUUUGCGAAAGAUGCUGUCAACUCCCUCUUGCUUCAGCGAUUCCUUUAGUUUAUCCUCAAAAUAUGGCUUGCGCCUUUUCACGUAUUAUGGAUGUUUGUAGAGCUUGUCGCAGUAAAUGAAAUACUUAGGAAUGGAGGAUUAGCCCUACUUGCUAAAAUUCUCCUAUUUUCAUCUUUGGAGAAAAAUGGGACAAUUUUCUGGGAUUUGCAUGGAAUUAUGGUAGGGUAAUGCUUGAGGGGGAAAAUGGGUGGUGCCUGUAUGUAUGUCUUCUUAUUUAUGUUUAAACUGUUAUACAAGGGUAGUGUGGCUUCUCACUGCUAUAGUGAGUUUUUUUGGAUAUUUCGGCCAUUGAAAUAGAGGUUACCAAUGAGUUGGAAUGUAAUAUGUUGUCAAAUAUGAUGUUACUGAUUUGUUGCAGGAAAAUUGGGAUAUUAUUUUGAUCA